AUGGAGAAACAUUACGCAGCCAUUGCAGGCAGAGAGAAAGGACCAGGCCCAGGGCGAUACGGGCUUCCUCCUACAAUUGGCUUUAUUGGCCAUGACUUCACUAAACAAACAAGUCCUGCAUAUUCCUUCCACGGCAGGAUGAGCGACAGUAUGUAUUGUGUUGACAGCAGUCCGGGACCUCAGUAUCACAUUGACGCAAAGAUGACUCGCUUAGGGAGGGAUGGCACACCUGCGUACUCCAUGUUGGGUAGAACGAAAACACAGAAGAGGCUCUUCCACACGCCUGGACCGGGCUCCUACAGCCCAGAAAAAACCCCGCUCUGUGGCCUCCAGCGUCGGCCCCCGUCCUACACCAUGGGCUCCCGCACGCAGUACCGCACCAUAGACUCCGUGCCCGCUCCGAACAAUUACACUCUCCCUCCGCUAAUGGGCUCUCACAUCCCAAACAAGCCGGCCGGUGCCAGCUACACAAUGUCGGCUGCUUUCAGCCAAGGCGGGCCUUCCGUGGAUCUCGGCAAGACGCCGGGGCCUUGCAGAUACAACAGCACACAUCCCAGCGUUUAUCUCCCCAGGCCGCCCGCUUUUUCAAUGUUGGGGCGCCGCGGCGUAAAAAAAAAAGAUGGCACCGAGAAGCCCGGUCCUGGAGCUUAUAAUCCAGAAAAAGUGACAGCGCACAAAGCUCGGGCCCCGGCCUUCUCCAUGGGGAUCAGGCACUCCGAGUUUGUCACCCCGCUGGUCAUCACCAUUUCGGAUUGA